AUGGAUAUUACGGGUGCCUACCUGUCCAGGAGGCUGCAACGUGGAAGUAUUGCCCCUCAUAAUGAGGUAACUAUUGGUAUCCUGAACGUGAUACUUUGGGAACACAAGGCAUACGAUGCAGUGUUGGAGGCGUCCAUCUACAUCAAUGUAGAUAUCAAGGAGAUGAACGUGGCGGCUUCGUUUGCCUCUGAAGAUCUGAGGGCCAACAGCGCUAGUCCAAAUGCCCAACCCUUACACAAGAAGUAA